AUGAUUUGUUUCUGUUGUAAAAAAGCUUUCUGUGAUUUAUAUACUCUGAUAAGACACUUCAAACUAGUACACGGUUUGAAUACAAAUAAUAAAAUAAUUUGUUCAGAGGAUAAAUGUUCACAGUCAUUUCCCAAUUUAAGUAGUUUCAAAAGACAUGUUCAGAAAAAACAUGUUGAUAAUAAUGAGAUUGUUUUAGCAAGUACUUCGAGUGAUAUUUCAAGUAUAUUGGAAAAGACUGAUUCUAAUGAAAGUCGAGCAUUCCAUGACACUCGCGUCAAUAAAAUUUCAUUUGAAAACAGUAUACUUUUGGAAACUAACAAAAAUGACAAUGUAGAUAUUAGUGAAUGUUUAAGAAAUAUUAAAAAUUCUGCUCUGAAUUUCACUCUAAGUUUUCACAAUACAAAUAAUCUCACUAAAAAAGAUGUCCGUACUAUUCAGGAUAAUGUUACAGAGUUGAUCACAGACUCAACAAUGGAAUUAAUUCAACUUUUAUUGAUACAGCGUAUUCCAGACUUUAAGAAAAAGUAUCUUGAUAUAAAUGAACUCUUGAAUAAGCUGAAGAAUCCAUUUGAAUUGUGCAAAACAGAUUUUAAAUUAAAUUCGUUAUUAAAACAGUGUGAAUUCUCAGAAGACAACCUAAAAGUUAUCAUAAAUACAGAAAUUGUUCCUAUUAAUAAAAAAGGUGAAUUAGCUUACGGUGAAAAACAUAACACAGGAGUAGUAUUGCCACUUAGCUUUCAGUUCAAACAAAUUUUUGAAAAAAUAUAUAAUUUGGAUAAAUGUGUAUACUUUGCCAAGGUUAAUGCAAGCAAUAAUACAAUUGGUUGUUUUACUCAAGGAAAAUUAUGGCUUGAAAAAAUUAAAACUUUCAAGGAUAAAAUUGUUUUGCCAUAUUUUUUGUAUUUAGACGAUUUUGAGAUUAAUAAUCCGCUUGGAAGUCAUGCAACUAGCCACUCCAUGACAGCGAUAUAUUAUUCUUUUCCCUUAUUCAAAAAAUCUAAUUCUAAGCUGAAUGAUAUAUUUCUGGCUGGUAUUUUCAAAGCCAGUGAUGUAAAAACAUUUGGCAAUAAUAAAUGUCUUGAAGAUCUUAUAAACGAAUUGAAUGGUUUACAAAGAGAAGGUGUUACAUUAAGCACAAAGUCUGGUAAUGUUACGGUGUACUUUGUUCUAGGUCUUGUUUUGGGAGAUAACUUGGGACUCAAUUCUAUAUUAGGAUUUACAACAAGUUUCAACGCUAACUAUUUUUGUAGAUUUUGUAAAAUGCAUAAGAACACAUGUCACUACAGUAAUACAUGUCAUGAUUCAAUAUUGAGAAAUGAACAAAAUUAUAUAAAUGAUAUUCAAUAAGGUGAUGUAUCCCAAACUGGUUUAAGAGAAAAUUCAGUGCUGAAUAAAAUUUGUUCAUUUCAUGUUGUCAACAACUUUGCUGUCGAUAUUAUGCAUGAUAUCUUUGAGGGAAUAUGUCACUAUAACUUAAGCCAAAUAAUCAUUCAUUUUAUAGAAAUUGAUAAAUGUUUUACUUUAGAGCAACUCAAUCUUAGAAAAUAAUAUUUUGAUUAUGGUCGAACAGAAAUUGG